UGCUCCCCCAGCUGCCGGCUGUGCCUUGAUGGGAGAGCAUAAAAAGGUGAGAAGUAGCCGAAAUUUGGCCUCUCCUAAGCAACUGUCGUCUCUGUUCUUUACCGGGCAACCCAGGGCGGUUUCGUUCUUUUUUCCUCGCUGUGCAUGAGUGACCUCUAGUCUUACACAGCGACCCAAAGUGCUGCGUUCACACCGAAAAAGACGCCUGAGAAAGAUCCAGACCAUGGUUCAGCUGCCACUGUCUCAGACCUCGGACGUGACGACUCCUCCAGAGCUGCUCAAGGGAAGGGAUGCCGAGCGAGACGGAAGCCCAAAGUCGGACUCUCUUAACGAUUUCACGGGCCUCCAGUUUGCCCUCAACCCCUCAGCUGCCACUUACCAUGGUUACGACACCUACAUCGAGGACGGACUCAUCUGUCUCAGACACAAGAUCCGCAACAUUGAGAAAAAGAAGCUGAAACUGGAAGGCUACAAACAACGCAUACAGAAUGGUGACCCGCUGAACCAAGAUCAAAUGGAUGCAGUGGCGAGGUAUGAUGAAGUGGUCCACAACCUGAAGUUUGCCAAAGACCUGCAGAAGACCCUGUGUGCCCUCACUCAAGAUCUGCUGAGGGCUCAGAAGGCGGCAGCGAGGCGCGAGCAGACGCUGAGGGUGGUGGAGGAGCAGAGGCGCCUGAGCACCGUUCUCCAGGUGCAGUAUGUCCUCCGCAGCCUCCAGAGGGACGACGUCCGGAGGCACUUCUGCGAUGCCCGUGAACACACCCGCUUCCUGUCCACCGAGGAAGUGGAGAAUCUGCUGGACUUGGCUUCGCUGCUAGGUUGCGUGAGGGAUGAGAGCAUGAGUUUAGAGGCUCAGAUGGAACAGGCCUCUUUUGUUUAUCUAGACCUGCUGGAAGGGAAAGAUGAACCAGUUGCAGGCUCAACAUACAAGCGCCUGAAGGAGAGGUUGCUGAGACUGGUUGAUUGUGGCUUCUUUGACCGCAUCCCGACGCCCCAGGCAGACCCGAAGCGUGGAGGUGACGAGGCGGUCGCUUCACCCGUGCCCCGCAGCCUUUCCGGUGAGGCUUUUUACGCCGGCGAACCGUUGCGGCCGACGUACAGCGGUCCAGAGGUAUGCGGACUUGCUGCGGCUUGUGUGACGCGUUCUUCCCUUUCAGCACUGGUCAGCUUGAAGCCGAAAGAAGUGCCUUCACAAAAGUUUCUAAACAGACGCUACCCACCUGAGGCGGACCUCACUGGGCACGGUCAAGAAGAAAACGAUGACUUGCCACCAGUAAACUGGAAGGCAGAGUUUUUAGCGCUGAAGGAACGCGAACCACCAGACUCUUGGGAUAUGGAGGUUACUGAGACUUCAGCAUCCUCCCAGUCUGGUGUCCAUAAGCCUUGGAAAGGGGCUGCCGGGUUUAUACCCAAAACCCCACUGGCUGUGAAGAGGCCUGGUGCUGAGCCCAAACAGAAACGUCAGAGGAAAGAUAAAGGAAGCCAGGACUCAAAAUCCGGUGCUGAAACGCUAGUCGGCGUGGAGCUGUUGGACUCCCCGUCGUCGCUGGCCCAAGACCCCGUGCUGCGCCGGCAGCAGCUGGACCACCUGCUGGACCAAAUAUCCGGAUCCUUCACCUUCAUGCAGGACUCUCUGCUGGAUGGAGCGGUCUCGCCCUCUAACGGCUGUAGCAGGAGGCUCCUCCCCCCUAGCGCCGCUCCUCUCGCACAGAGGGAGCAGAAGAGCCCCUCGGACCUCCUGCCUCAAACCCUGCACUCCACCCCCCUGCACGGUCACCUGCUCCCCGGAGACAGCAAAGGCAGCCUGGCUAACGGAGAACCGAGCCUGGACGGCUCGGGCGCCGAGCUGCAUGCGGGGGACACCCAGAAGGCAAAGCAGGACGAAGGCUUCCCCUCUCCACACCUGUAUCGCAGGAAGCCCUCGAUCUCGGUGCCUCUGGAGAACCACAGCUCCGACCAGGUGGCGAGCCGCGCACUUUGCAACGGGGUGGCGUCUCCGCCGGCACGGGCACCGGUGUUCUCAACUCCACCCAGCAGGCGGACCCUCGCAGCCACCAGCUCCGCCCCUUUCAACAGCAUACGUUCUGUGUUCAGUGGGGAGCCUCCUAUGACUGCGAGUUUGGACACGAAGUCAGAUGAAGAUGGCUUUCAGAGGUCCGUGUGUCUGAGCUACAGUGCAGCUGGCACACUUAGCUACUCCACUGCUAGCACUCAGACCCCACCUGAACUCAGCCUGCCCCAAGAUGACGUACAGAUGGAGAGCGCCUACCUGUCUGAGAGCGAGACCAGCGCAGGCUGUCUGGUGUACUCGUCACCCGCUCUGUCCACUGGCCCUCGCUCCCAGGGCCGCCUGGGCCAGCCGUACUACUCGCGGGGCCCUGUCCGAGGUACGGCACGCGGUGGCCGGGGACUCUCGCACUCCUACCGCUCACCGGGGGCCUCCAGAGGGUGCUACGAUGCCCAGCGAGUGAGCGUGCGAGCCCCAGCCGGGAGCUACAUGGCACAUGCCCACCGGGAGCCUGGAACCAUGCUCUUCCCCUCACAGGAAAACGGGUACCAGCUGAGCCACAAACGUGCCGGGGGGGGCGCAGCGGCCCAGAGGAUCAGCUCCACAGGCUGGAGCGACUCCUCUCAGGUGAGCAGCCCGGACAGGGAGGGUACCUACCUGGCCGACUCGGGCCACGGCGACUCCCUCUCCUCGCCCGCCGAGGUGCCCGUGGGUGGCACGCCCCCCCUCGUGCAUGUUUACCCGGUGGCGCAGCAGCUGCGCGUGGCCUUCUCGGCCGCCCGCACGGCCAACUUCGCCCCCGGGACGCUGGACCAGCCCGUCUCCUUCGACCUGCUCCAGAGCAACCUGGGUGGCGUCUUUGACAUGCCGUCGGGCCGCUUCUCCUGCCCCGCCCCGGGGACCUACGUCUUCUUCUUCCACAUGCUCAAGCUCGCCAUCAGCGUGCCGCUCUACGUCAACCUCAUGCGCAACGACGAGGUGAUGGUGUCGGCGUACGCCAACGACGGCGCGCCCGACCACGAGACGGCCAGCAACCACGCCGUGCUGCAGCUCUACCAUGGUGACCAGGUGUGGCUCCGCCUCCACCGCGGCGCCAUCUACGGCAGCAGCUGGAAGUACAGCACCUUCUCGGGCUUCCUGCUCUACCAGGACUGAGUGUCCUGUACACUGCUCUGCUACACAUAGGCACGUACUGCGGGAGGCCAUUCUUGUGUCCGUCGGCCCACCAGUCGCAUUGCGCUCAUUGCAUUCUCCCAGUCUGUGGUGCAGCUGCAGCCACAUGUCUGAGUUCUGUCCGUUAGCCUGUCGGUCUUUGCCCUAAUGUUUAGAUGCCUAUCGACGCGUGUAUCUGUGCGCACGUGAGCUCCUGGGUGUUGUUCACACGGUGACACGUUUUUACUAAACACAUACUUAUGUUUGGAGUGUCAGCCGGAUGUUUGGUCAUUAAUUCAGAGCUGUUCGUUAGAGGUUGGUUCAGUGGUUUAAGGGUUUCUGACUUGAGCCCCUAAGCUCACCUGCUCAUUCACAACAUAAGCUCGAGCCGAGCCGUACACGUGAAGCCAUGUCUUCAGCUGGUGCCUUUUUGUCUGGAUUUACUGAGCACUUUGCUUAUGUGAAUGAACAUUGAUUUCUCUGAUAUUUGACAUGUAAAGCACUUUAAAAAGGGGACAAUGUGUGCAUGUGGGUGUUUGGAUGGGUGCUGAGGACUAUCGUCGUUGCUAGUAGGGCAAACGCAUCUCUCUGGCUCCUCCCUGUGCCUGAAUAAAAGAUAAUGUGCA